AUGGCUUUCGGUAAGGACAUGGACGCCUGGGCCGGCGACACCGGCCUGUCGCUCGUCGAGAGGAACGAGAAGAAGUCGCGCUUCGCCGUCUCGUGGGCCGAGGCAAAGCUCCUCACAAUCGCCGGUGUCGGUUUCCUCAUGGACGCUUGGGACCUCUUCAUCAUCAACAUCAUCUACUCCAUCAUCCUCCUCGCCUACUACCCCAAGGGCACCAAGAACAUCGACUGGGGUCUCCAGGGUGGUGUGCUCAAGGCCGCCGCCAACAUCGGCAACAUCGUCGGUCAGCUCUUCUUCGGCUUCUGCGGUGACAUGUUCGGUCGUUCCGCCGUCUACGGCAAGGAGCUCGUCAUCGUCAUCGUCGCCGUCAUCCUCCAGAUCUCGGCUCCCGACUCGAUCGGCGGCCACGGCAUCACCAUCUGGCUCGCCGUUCUCCGCUUCGUCAUGGGCAUCGGCAUCGGCGGUGACUACCCCAUGAGCGCUACCAUCGUCGCUGACCGAUCCUCGCUCAAGAACCGUGGCUUCCUCCUCUCCUGGAUCUUCUCCAACCAGGGUUGGGGUAACCUCGUCGGCGCCCUCUUUGCCGUCAUCGUCAUCGCCGGCUACCGCCACUACGUCGACGCCGGCCAGGUUCACAAGCUCUCGGGCGCCUGGCGUAUCCUCCAGGGUCUUACCCUCAUCCCCGCCUUCAUCGUCCUCUACUUCCGUCUCACCCUCGUCGAGUCCACCCGAUUCACCCAGGCUCGUAAGCUCCAGGACGACCCCGAGCUCAUCGCCAAGGGCCACAACAACCUCAACCGCUCCAACUCGGACGACGACGACCUCAAGGAGAAGGCCCUCGGCGGCGACGCCACCCCCAUCGAGAACACCGCCGUCGGCAUGUCGUUCAAGUCGAUCGGCAAGCCCAAGAACGAGUUCAUCGAGUACUUCUCCCAGUGGAAGAACGCAAAGAAGCUCAUCGGAUGCGCUGCCUGCUGGUUCCUCGUCGACAUCACCUUCUACGGCAUCAACCUCAACCAGUCCUCCAUCCUCUCCGCCAUCGGCUUCACCAAGGGCUCCACCUGGGGCAAGCUCAUGAAGACCGCCACCGGCAACCUCAUCAUCACCGCCGCCGGCUUCCUUCCCGGUUACUUCUUCACCAUGUUCACCGUCGACAUCGUCGGCCGCAAGCCCAUCCAGCUGCUCGGUUUCACCAUGAACGCCCUUUUCCUCGGCAUCCUCGCCGGCCGCUUCAACACCCUCAAGAACCAGACAGGCCCCUUCUUCGUCGUCUUCGUUUUCCUCCAGCUAUUCUUCAAUUUUGGGGCGAACGCAACUACCUUUAUCGUCCCUGCGGAGGCAUUCCCCACGCGGGUGCGUGCUACGGCUCACGGCUUCUGCGCAGCAUGCGGAAAGUGCGGUGCUAUCCUGUCUUCGCUGCUGUUUUCGCACCUUGCUAGCGCGACGUCGCUCGGCAACCAGGGAGUCUUUUGGAUCUUCUUUGGUGUGUCGGUCCUGGGCGCCCUUGUCACCUUCUUCCUGGUUCCCGAGACCAACGGCUACGAUGCCGACGAGGAGGACCGCCGCGAGCUCGCUGCGCGCGCUGGUGUCCAGUAA